UCCAGUCGGUCUCCUAUCAGAGCGCGGGGACUGCACAGUGUGGAAGUGGCCUUUACUUCCCCCUCCCUCCUCCUCGAUCAACUGUAUUCAAUUCUCUAGUUCCACUUCUUUUUAAACUGUGCUUCUUGAAUGUUAGUAUUAAGCAUAGCCGGACGAUGGUCGCCUUGUUCGGGGACACAGUACCCGUUUGUUAUGACCCACAUUUGAAGUUUCUGGGCACGAAGACUGGUUCCUUUUGUUUCCCGGGAAGAGUGGAGAUGCCGAACUGAUGGCUUUGAUCCAGGCGGAGAAAGAGAACACACAUUCCACUUUGCUUUGGGGAAGAGGUAGCUGUGCCUGCCUGGCAAACUGGCUUGCCUUGGAGGUGCCAUGAAAUGUCUCGGAUCCUUAGAUGGUGAGAGGCUUGCCUUCCUCCUCAAUGAAGCACUCGCUAAGGAGACCAGGCUUUGGAAAGUGCCUCUUUUCAAGACCUGCAACAAUCAGGGCACAACUAUUACUCCAUUGCAACGUGAACAUGUAGUUCUGUGGCUGAGGGAUUUGUGCUCAAAGUUUGGUUAUUACCCUGAGACAUUUUUUCUUGCCAUUAGUAUUCUUGAUCGACUCUUGGCAUCUGUCAAGGCGCAACCAAAGUAUCUACGUUGCAUUGCCAUUUCCAGCUUGUUUGUUGCAGCCAAAAUCAAUGAGGAAGAUGAGGUCACACUUCUGGUAAAGGACCUCGCAGCAAAGAGUGAUAGUGGCUGUUCCUCUGGUGAGAUUCUGAGGAUGGAGAAAAUCAUACUGCAUAAGCUGCAGUGGGAUCUUUACACUGCCACACCUGCGGACUUUGUGAACAUAUUCCACGCCAUGAUGAUGUCCAGCUGGCCCCAUCUCCUCAACCGAUGGCCUCAGAUGAAUCCCUCUCUCCACGCCGCAUUCUUGACCAGGCAGUUACAGCACUGCAUGGCUUGCCACCAGUUAUUACAGUUCAGAGGUUCCACACUUGCCUUAGCGAUCAUCAGCUUGGAAGUAGAAAGAUUAAUUCCCGAUUGGUUCAUUGUGACAACUGAUCUGCUAAAAAAAGCACAGAUUCGCAACAUGGACUUUGUCUACUGUAAAAAUAUUGUGGCAAAUCAUGUAUUACCUGAAACAGUGGUCUCUGCCUCCAACAUGGUUUACAUCUUUGAUCCUGCAAAUUCAGACCUCGUGAGGCACCAAAGAAUGUUUUGCAUUCAUUCUGGGACGCAUGCCCCAUAUACUCAGUCACCCACCAGAGGAGAGUUGUGGUCACGUUGGACAGCCACAAUAAGCAACAGAGUUGCUCCAGUGAAAACAAGUGAGCAAGUUGCAGUGGAAAUCAGUGCCAAAGCUAGUGAUUCGGGUCAGCUAGCAGAAAGCCUUUCUCCUUGCCCCACAUUACAACCAGUUGAGGAUGCGGAAGAAUUCAAAGUAGGAGGAGUUAAACAAAUCAUAUUUUAGAUUUAAAAAGCAAGGGUUACAUUAGAACUAGGGGGUACAUAUGAUCAAGUUAAAAUGUUGUUCUUCUAUAACACAAUGGUUGCACUCUUGUGCAAGCUGCUGGUUGACCAGCAACACAUUUGCAGCUGUGAUCUCCAGCAUCUGCAGACCUCAUUUUUUACUCGCACUCUUGUGCAAGCCCAUGUUAUAGAAAAAUUGUGCUUUGGAAACAGUGCUUAAAGUUCAGGUAAUAAGUUUGCUCGCUGAGCUGGCAAGUUUGUUUUCAGACAUCUUGUCACCAUGCUAGGUAAUAUCAGUGAGCCUUUGGUGAAAUGCUGGUAUUCUGUCCCACUUUCUAUUUGUGUGUCUUGGUCUUUUAAGGUGGGUGAUAUCAUUUACAGUUCUUUUUCUGAGGUUGGUAAAUGGGGUCCAAAUCGAUGUUUAUUGAUGGAGUUCCGGUUUGAAUGCCAAGCCUCCAGGAAUUCCUGUGCAUGUCUCUGUUCUAAGAUGGAUGUGUCAUAUCAGUCAGAGUGGUGUCCUCCUUCGUCUGUAUGCAAGGAUACUAGUGAUAGAGGGUCAUGUCUUUUGAUGGCUAGUUGCUGUUUGUGUAUCCUGGUGGCUAGUUUUCUGCCUGUCUGUCCGAUGUAGUGUUUGUUACAGUCCUUGCAUGGUAUCUUUGUAAAUGACAUUCAUUUUUCUGGUUGUUGGUACAGGGUCCUUUCCUAAAGCAGCAAAACAAAUGUUAUUUGAAAAGAUACUAUGCAAGGACUG